CGUUAUCAAGUUUCUUUUUAAAUUACCAUUGUCUUAAACUGUUAUAAAAUCUAUAGGGAAAAUCAUUUGUACUACAUUAUUGAAAUCAAUAGACCAUACACAAAAAGAUUCAUUUAAGUUAAUGUGAACGAAUUAUACUUUUUCAACAAAACCAGAAUGGAAGGACUUUCAUGUAAAAAUAUUGUAUUUCUAACCAGUAUUUUAAGCGUUUUUGUCAAACGUGUGGACUCCGUUACAGCAGCCGAGAUGAAAACUCAUAUUACUAGUACAUUUACGAAUUACGAUACUCGCGUUCGACCCGUGUUAAGUGACCAGUCUCAAGCCAUCCAGGUGACUCUCGAUUUCUAUCUGGUCAGUAUUAAUAAUUUUGACAGUUCGCAGCAAAAACUAGAAACUACGGGUUAUUUGGAUAUAACUUGGACAGACCAAGUUCUUGCAGACAGUUGGAGUAACGCCGCUGUUGAUGAGAUUCUUGUCCCGCAAAAUGAAAUUUGGUUGCCCGAUUUGGCACUGCAAAACGGGUUUGAAUCUCUCACAGGACUUGGGAACACAUUUCAUAAUGUUAAAAUAGCGAAAGCUGGCCAGGUCACAUGGAGACCGUAUCAGGUCUUUGAAAGUGCAUGUAACGUGGAAAUAACUUAUUUCCCUUUCGACAAAACAACAUGUGAGUUGAAAUUCGUUAUCUGGAGUAACCCAAAAGAUCUAUUACUCGCUAAAAAGGGAUCCGAGGGGUUAAACACUGGGCUCUACGGAGCAAAUAGUGAGUGGACGCUUCUAAAAACAACGGAGACAGAAUUCACAACAAAUACAUCUUCUGGAGUUACAUUUUCUGUAGAAAUGAAGCGGAAGCCAUUGUUUUACCUACUGAACAUUCUAGUUCCGGUCGUAAUGCUUGCCGUUCUGAAUCCAUUCGUAUUUGCACUUCCGGUUGCUUCUGGGGAAAAAACUGGCUUUGCAGUUACCGCUUUCUUAGCGUUUGCUGUUUUCUUGACGAUCAUCAGCGCUGAACUUCCGGAAAAUUCCGAGAGAAUGUCAACGUUUUCUGCUUACCUUUUCCUUAUGACUUUUGUAAGCACCUUGAUUUCGUUGAUCACUAUUGCCGAACUACGGCUAAGCAGCCGGGACACAGAUGUUCCCGUUCCCGGAGGACUCCAGAGCAUUACCAGAUGCGUGCGCAGCAUAAGAAUUCGGAAAUGCUGCGGAGGUGAUGGUGCCUACAUCCGGGGAAUGAAGAUGUCGGUGAUGAUGUCUCGUUUAGCAGACGAUGUCACGUGGGAGGACGCGAUUGACUCGCUGGACUUUAUUUUGUUUUGGGUUUUCUUUCUGAUCACUGUUAUUGUUACGACUGCAUGUUUUGUAAUUGCGUCUGUAGGCGGAGUUGCCUAAAACAGUAUAGCUUAUCUGAAAGAUAGUUCGACCGUUCUUCGUUUUCAGACAUUUUACAGUAAAGGUUCACUGAUAUCUGUAUAGCUUUACUAGACCUAAAUUUCAUACUAUCAACUUCAAUACUGUUUCCAAAUUUUAUAUUUUACAAUAUGAACAAUUACUACAUAGUAUAUGUAACCAUAAUAUGAAGACGUUCGUGUCCAUAAACAAUACUGUGUGUUAGGUCUAAAUAUUAUAAUACAAUAGGGUUACUUGAUCUGGGAUGCUGUAUUCGGCUCGAGUGAAUUUUGCCAAGUCUGAUAACACGAGGAGCGGGAAAAACUCCAUGAGAGCCAAAUACAAAAUCCAGAUGAUCUAGCUACUGUUGUAAGACCCUUUUAUAUAUACCUCCACCUUAUUGUUUGUUGUUUUGUUCGACGCCGCCCAGGAGGCGGCGUCGAAUAUAGGCUGAACACCACUAAAUCCGGCUGUUCUUUAUUUCAUAUAAAAUCCACUCACUUCAUAACGGUUUUUCGACAUUUUCUAGCAUAUCAGAUUUUCAGAGACUUAUAUUCCCAUAAAGAACUAGAUCGCUACUUUAGAAAAACAAAAAGAAAAGGGGGUGUUAACUUUUAUAUAAGAAAACUACAGUUCGUUAAAUACAACCCGCUGAAUUUACUACUUUUCGCUUCUUUCAGUUUCUCUUUUCGUGACAUUAAAUUCUUACGCCGCCAUUUUUAUCUAGCAUGCGAUAGGAACAUGCCGAUUUCAAUAGAAUGCAAAGUGAUACAUACUGAAACGCGGUAGGGUAAAAGUAAGCACGUUGCUGCCGAGAAAAUGCACUAGGAAAGGAAAAAAGAUUAGUACUAUUUAUAUUUGGACUACUUGUGACUAGACCUGCGGAGGCUUACAUUCUAUUUGGUAGUGAUCAGCCUAU